AAAGAGAUGGCAUGACACAAGGAGCGAGAACAAACACACCUCGGCAUAUGAGGUGAACGAAAGGCAUAUGAACAAAAAUGGACGAAGCGUUCUUGGUGAAGUGGGAGACUCUUUGAAAAGAGCACUGUAGGAAAGUAAAGGAAGGGUAGAGAAAAUGAGCGAGAUACAGCAAUAUUCGAACGUUAAAAAUCCUCGCCAUGUUGUACGGGCCCCGAACGCUGUCAAUUGUGAGGCGGCGUGUUUUGGAAUCGGUGCGGGUUGUUUAUUUUCCGGCGUGCCGAACUUCAACCAGUAAAAUUAAUAAGAAAAGCCCGGCCGUAACGAUGGAUUCCGGACUUUCGAGUCGCAACAGCAGUCUGGGCAAUCAAUACUCACGCUCCUACAUGAAGCAGGAGCAGGCGAAACAGCAACGCCUGUCGUUGCCCAUCUACUCGGUGCGCAAAUCGCUGAUGGAAAUGGUGCGAAAGUCGUCCACGAUCAUCGUGCUGGGUGAGACGGGCAGCGGAAAAACCACCCAGAUGCCACAGUUCAUCUACGAGGCGGGACUGAACGGGGACAAAAUGAUUGCCAUCACGCAACCGCGCCGAGUGGCCGCUAUUACCGUAGCGAAAUGGGUCGCGCAGGAGAUGGGCACCAAUCUGGGCGAUUUGGUUGGCUAUACGGUGCGCUUCGAGGACAUGACGUCGGAAAACACGCAGGUUAAGUACAUGACCGAUGGUAUACUGUGCCGGGAGGCGCUGUCCGAUCGGCAGCUGCGCAACUACAACGUGAUCAUACUGGACGAGGUGCACGAACGGACCAUCGCGACGGAUGUGCUGCUGGGAGUGGUAAAGAAAGCGCAACAGAUACGAGCCCUCAAGCGCAUGACGCCGCUGAAGGUGAUCAUCAUGUCGGCCACGAUGGACUGUGACCAUUUUGCGAGCUACUUUUCCGACUGUCCGAUCGUAUACCUGCAAGGCCGCACGUACCAGGUGAAGGUGUACCAGAUGGUGGAGAAAAUGCAUUACAUCGAGGCGUGUCUGAAGACAGUGGUAGAGAUCCACCAAACGCAACCGGCCGGCGAUGUGCUGGUGUUCCUAACCGGUCAGGAAGAAAUAGAAGCCACAGUUGGCAAGAUGCGACGCUUGGCUAAGAGCUUCUCGCCCGACCUGCCAAAGCUUGCCGUUCAUCCAAUGUACGCCGCGCUGCCACAGAACCAACAGUUGGACGUGUUCAACGCUGCGCCGGGUAACGUGCGGAAGGUAAUAUUUGCGACCAACAUUGCCGAAACGUCCAUUACGAUCAACGGCAUCCGGUAUGUGGUGGAUUGUGGCCGCGCGAAGGUACGCUCGUACGAUCCCAUCACGGGGAUGGACAUGCUGAAGGUGUCCUGGAUAUCGCAGGCGCAAGCCCACCAGCGGACAGGCCGUGCGGGGCGUUUGAGCGAUGGCGUUUGCUACCGCACGUACUCCAAGGAAGUGUACGGGCAUUUGGAAAAGAUGACGAUGCCGGAGAUUCUGCGCUGCAACAUGGCCGCCACCAUCCUGAACCUGCUCGUGAUGGGCGUCAACUACAAAGACUUUGACUUUAUCGACAAACCGCCGGAGGAGGCGAUCGUGGGCGGGCUGCUCGAGCUGAAGGCGCUGAAUGCGAUCUCCUCGGUGGAAAACCCCAUCCUGACCGCGCUCGGCACCAAGAUGGCCCGCUUUCCGCUCGAUCCCAAGUACUCCAAGAUGUUGCUUUCCGCGCCCAAGUUCGGCUGCCUGGAGGAGAUGCUCACCAUCAUCGCGAUGCUGUCGGGCGAGAACGUCUUUACCAACAGUGUGCACAAGCGCGAACAGAUGCUGAUCGCACACUCCAAGUUUUUCGACCGCUCGGGCGACCACAUCACGCUGCUGAACGUGUUCAACGAGUUUAAGACGCGGGCCAAACCGAAGGUCUGGUGCUUCGACAACUUCCUCAACGAGCGCAACCUAACGCACGUGGCCUCGAUCCGGGAGCAGCUGAGCGAAAUUUGCAAAGCGCUUGACCUGCCGAGCAGCACGUGCGGGAAGGAUACGACCCCCGUCGCCAAGUGUUUGCUGACCGGGCUGUUUGCGAACAUUGCCACGAAGCAGCCGGACCACCUGUACCUUACCUCGACCAGCGCACUGAAGGCGCGCAUACAUCCGUCCAGCGCGGUGUGCGGGAAAUUCCGGCCCCCGGUCGUCGUCUACACCGAGCUGGUGGCGACGCGACUCAACUAUCUGCGCAACGUGACCGAAAUCGAUCCGGCGUGGAUCGAUGAGGUGGUGCCGAACGUGAGCCAGUACCAGACGAAGGGCUUCAAGGAGAACCACUUCCGGGCGUUCCAAUCGCACAAAUGAAUACUUUCUGGAAGUAUUCCGUUGCGUUAGCUAACUAAUUUUCCUAGCGAUUAAGUGGGGAAGCGGCGAGUUGUGCGUGUGCCCCAUCAUCGCACGCGCGCAAUCUUUCAACGAAUGUUUUGGAAACGUCCGUUGCUUAGUUGAACUAAGUGUAAAAUUUGAAGAAAAAAAAAACAAUCAUCACGUGGCAUUUCUCAUUUGUAAAAUACAUUCUUCAUGAACUAUUUACCAA